AUGGACAACCCUGUCAUCAACGACCUUGAGGUGGUCCUCAAACAGAUGUUCCAGUUCUGGUACUACGUCGGAUUGCUGCUACGGGUCGGCCUGGCCGGCGACAUGAAAACAAACUUUGUGCGGCUGCUGCGCACUCUUGAAGACCAGCCUCUGCUUCCCUUCCUACCCAUCAAGGAUGUUUCCGAAUCGGGGUGGAGUAUCAAGAACAUCAUGCUUGACAGUAUGGACAAGGCCGAGAGUGCUCUGCGGCUUCCACGCCCGAGCUCCACCAGCAUGGCAGGCCGCAUUGUGGAGGUUUCGAUUGCUGUUUCAAGGCUGGUGGCUAGACCACAGCUGCCAUUACAGCCACCGGCGACGAGGCUGUCCACACCUAGUCCACCGACCUCCAGCGGUCUGUAUGGGGGUCCAGUUGCAGGUCGCCCUUGGUAUCCUCACGGUCAUAUCUCGACUGGUCCAUCUUUGUCUCAGGCGCCGUCGUCGCCGUCCCCUCCUGUCUUCUCACAGGGCCAACAAUGCGCGACUGCCAUGACUGUCAUGACAGACAUGCGGGACGAGUACUUCCAUGGCGCCUGUCACGUCACCACCGAAUCAGCGGAGGAGAUCUUCGAGCGGAUUCGCCUCAUCGCGCCUGAGGCUGCUUUCACUUAUACACACCCGGUGCCAGACGAGAACAUCCCCCUCAUAGUCUGCUCCGUCGUCGCCUGGGGUCUUGGCUCCAAUGCUAAGCGGAUCACACCGGCACGACUGUCCAGCCUGACCUACGGCCAGAUAGUCAAUGCCCUGAUGCUGUCUGGGAAGCUGCUGUACCGGCCCGCCUAUCCCAUGUUGAGCACACCCAGACCCAGUCCGGGAGGUGCUCUCAGGCCGGCCAUGGGAUCAUCCAAAAAAGUCGAGUAUCCUUCGAACGUGGCACUCACGUCUGGCACACGUCCGGGCCUGUACCGCCCGUCUCAGCCGUACCCAACGCCAGACCAACCACGCGGUAUCGUGCAUGGGCAGGACUCGCAGUCGCGAUGGGUCCCUGACAUGGCAUCGGAUUCGCGGCAGGGUCCUUGGGGGUUGCGGCAGCCCCCCAUGUCCCCAAGCGGCGUACGGACCAUCUCAUCGUAUAGUGGCAGCGACAGCAGCAGCAGUGGUCGCGCAACCCGCAACAGCGAUAGCGACAGCAACAGCAACAGUGACAGCACAAGUGAGAGUGAGGAAGAGCACGUUGAUUGUGUCCGCUCAAAGAACUCAGGCAAGAGCAAGCCCAAGUGCGAAAAAGGCUGCAAGACCUGCAAAUGCAAGGCCAAAACGAGCACUAGUGAGAAUGAGAGCAAGAAUAAAAGCAAGGACCAAGAAAGCUCGACCAAGCACGGAGACCGGCACUCCAAAAAGGCUGGGGACAGUGCUAAGAGGCGUCGACACCUGUGGGACGAUACCCAUUCUGACUCCGUUUCGGAAGACGACUCAGACGCAUCGUCGCAGGGCAGAUCGGUCACGGGCUCAAACGUCGAAUCAGACUCUGAGGCUGCACUUUCUGGAACAGUUUCGGCUCCGGCGAUCGUUGCUGUCGACUCUGGAAGUGAUUCGAGCUGCGAAUCUGGCUCUGACUGUGACGGCUGGACGAAAGAAGACGCCAACCGCAAGAAGAAGAGUGGACGGCGGACCGAGAAGGCAGCCAUGAAGUGCUGCCAUAAAUGCGAGGACUGUCCUGACGAUGACUUUGUGAUUGUGAGCAGACACGGAGGGAAGGUGUAA